AUGUCUAAACGACCGAGUACAUCAACACAUCCGGAAGAGGAUGAAGAUAAUAUUGUCGAUGAACAACGUGAUAAAAUGGCAGAUGAGGACCCGAACGACUUUGAAACACAAUUCGACGAAGAAAGUGAGCAAGGAACGUCGUGCCGAACGCCGUUCUUGACGAAUCAUCUGGAAUUUCUGGAACAUCACAACCCGGAUAUGACCAUGAAAGAAUUAUUUAGUAGAAAAAGAGCUCGUACUCAACCGCAGCCCGCUGGCUACGUCGAUACCGCCCAGCCAAGAUACUAUGAUCGUUAUAAGCAACAAGAUUAUACACGUCGCAACGAUUACAUGAAAUAUUGUCACGUUUGUCGAAAAAAGACAGUCGGAAAGCUUCGUGUUCUACCUGGAGAUCUCAGAAUGAGAAAAGUAUGGAUUCUUCGUUCGAAUCUUGACGAAGAACGGUCUGCGGAGUUGUGGUUAAGAGAGAUGGCGUGUGAAGGAUCGCACGGAGGCGAAUUCUGUGAAUCACACUUCCCGCCCGGCUGUCAGCACUUGAAAGGAAACCAACUUCUUCCUCUUGAUGUUCGUCCAGUGGAAGGGAGACACUCGGUCAUAGAAGAUAUUCAAUUUGAUUUUGAUGCUAUACAUCUGCAGUGUGUGUUUUGUGGAAGAAAUGGGCCUCUCGCCACAAUGCUACCAUUCAUACGAAAUCGAUGUAAGAGAAGUCGCUGGAUCGAUGUCUUAUCCGCUGGUAACGAAGCCUAUAAAGGAAGGCUGACGGCUGCUUUACGAGGAGGGGUCACGCAAUUUUUAUGCGACUAUCACAUAUCUGACAGUAGUUUUGAAAUUAAUGGAUUUGGCGAAUGGCGUCUUCUUCGUAACGCAUUACCUGAUCCAAGACUUGUGGCAUCCGACAAAAGAGGAGAACGGAAAUAUUUGGUAGACAAAUGCCGUGAUGAGUUGUUUUGGCAGAGAGAAAUGUGGAAAAAUGCUGACUUGUUGAGUCAAUUGGGUACCGGAGAUGAAGAACAAGAUGAAGCUAUUCAAGAAGAGAGCAUCCACUAUAUGCAAAACCCUGUACAACAUCCCGAAGACGAUUUGAUGUCUGUGCCUCCAGUCCUAAUGCCCGUUAGCAAAAUUGACACUGAAAUCAGCAAUUCAGUCCCACAGAUGGAACCAUCUACCUCGUCUUCUGUAACCGAUAUUAAGCCACUAAACAACCUAAUUGAUGAUCAAAUCGAAUAUUCGGAUGAUUCAGACGAAGAAAACGAAAUGAUUGAGAAAUUAGGAGAUAUUCCUUACUCAAAACGCCUCUGCCAAGUUUGCAGUGCAGUGGAGCCGAUCGGAAACGAGUAUCCACCAAUCUUCCCGUUCAAAUUCACAAUCAGAACGUGGCCGUUUGACGAGUAUCGUCAUAGAAAAUGGUUGGAAAUCAUGGAUUGGCCCCCUGAAUUUGAAGAAUCAAUGAAGACGUUGUGGCAGAAGAGAAAGACGGAAGGUUCUCUAUCCGAAGCCUAUCAUUUCUGUCCGAUCAAUGUUUGUCAAGCUCAUCUAGAUUACAGACAACUGCCAGAAAGAAUGGAAGAAUGGCACCGAACGUUUUGUGUUCUAUGUGAUUCGUGUAUGAGUGAUAAAAAUCUUCUGGUGCCAAUACCACACAAUUUGGAAACGCGAAGAAAAUGGGUGGACAGUCUGUUUCCUGAUGAAGAAUCCAGCAAGUUUCAUGUUAAGAAAGUAGUCUGGCUCCGUCGUCGGUUCAUGCGACCGAAACCCACUCGAUACCGUAUCUGCGUUUAUCACUUCAAUAGGGCAGCAUUCUUGGUGAAUGAGGAAGGAAAAGUAGUGCUCGAUGAGAAAGCGUUACCUCUGUCAAUGGACUCAGAUGACUUUGAUUUAACACCACGAGGACCAAAUUCUGUGUGCAAAUGCAUUUUGUGUGAUGACUGGAAGAAAGUAGAACAUAUGGUACCUCUUCGAAACCCAAACUCUGAUGCCGAAAGAACUUUCCUCGUCGACACUCUUAUUCAUUCUGAAAAACUGAUUAUCAAGAAAGCGCUAAGCUCCAUUGCAAAAGCUAAUCGCACCGCACUCAUUUGCAACAUUCAUUUCCCAGAUGGUAUGGAUCCGUUCAGCAUCAUCGCGGAGCGACGAAUCAUGUACGGAGUACAAACUGAAUGUGUGUUGUGUGGUCAUGCCAACGACUGCACGGCCAUGAUACCGUUCCCGGGUUUGGAAGAUCAGAGGCUACGUACAAAAUGGAUAAACUCGAUGUGUCGUGAACCGUGGAUCUAUCGGUAUCUGACUACACGUCUCGAGAAACCUGGAAGACACUACUUGUGCGCGUCACAUUUCAAUCGAAACUCACUUCGAUACCAUUCUGGCCUUGGCCUCUGGAGAAAAGCAUCAGCUUGUCCUGUUCUCUCGUGUACAACUGAAGAAGAACGACAAGAAGUUUGGGAUUUGAGUAAAGCCCAACCACUCUAUCAUCCACUGAUACUUGAAGCUUUUGAUGUUGAUGGUUUCGGACCUUUGGAUUACGAUGACGUUCUCGGUUUCUUGGGUCCAGAUAGAAUGCUUGAGAUUGAAAAUGAAUUGAACUAUCAUGGACGAACAGAACCUGUGGUUCGAAGAGAUACAAGACGAAAGAGUCAUGAAAGGGGAUUCUAUGACGAUAUGCCAAACAUAUACGAGCCGGAAGAGUUGGACGAUGUGGAAGUGGGAGAUCCGAAUGAUGGAGAAGUUGUUCAAGAGGACUGCAUUAUAUAUGAAAAUGAUCAUCAUUUGGAACACCACGAAGGGCUAAUCGUAGAAGAUGAAGUUGUUAUAGGUGAAGAAGAAUGA